UGCCGGUGGGCGGUACUAUUAUGAUACAGCUGCAGCGCACACAGAAUGCGCUAGAAAUCCAGAUGGGGCGAGGUUAGCAUUGGCUAAGAAAUUCAGUUUUAUUUUACGAAGGUUAAUCUACGGGCAGUUUUAGUUUGCGUGCGUGAGAGAGAGACGAGAGGAAGCCAAAGCCUCUAAUUUGCUGGUAGGAAAAACUGCAACGACAUCAUGUACUCCUCGUCGCCUCUGUUCCUCAUUCUGGUGUUUACCUUUGACCUCUCUAUGCUGACCGUGCAGGCUGGACCCUGCCAGAGCUGCCGCAAACUCACAGAGAACUUCAUCAAGGGCCUGGAGCGAACGGCCAAUAAAAACUUUGGUGGUGGGAACACGGCUUGGGAAGAGGAGAAGCUGGCAAAAUACGCCCGCAGCGAAACACGCCUGCUGGAGAUCGUAGAAACAGCAUGUGAGAAAACUGACUUUGAAUGCAACAAACUGUUGGAACAGAUAGAGGACCAGGUUGAGACAUGGUGGUUCCACAGACAGCAGGAAGCACCUGACUUGUUCGAGUGGUUGUGUAUCGAAGAGCUCCGACUUUGCUGCCCAGCAGGUCGCUUCGGACCAGAAUGUGCUGAAUGCCCAUCAGGUCCCGGCGGUGUCUGUGGAGGUCUUGGACGCUGUGAGGGAGAGGGAACGCGCCUGGGAGAUGGAGAGUGUGUGUGCGACCCUGGCUAUUCGGGCCCUCUGUGUCAGGACUGCGCAGACGGAUAUUACAGAGAAAAGAAUUCCAAUCACUCGCAGCCACCCUGCUCAGCCUGCUAUCACUCCUGUAAAAAGUGUACUGGUCCACAAGACUACAAGUGUCUGGACUGCAAGCCGGGCUGGAUCCUUCAUGACAACAAGUGUGUGGAUGUGGAUGAGUGCGGCACUGAGUUGGCUCGCUGCUCGUCCAACACUUACUGUUUCAACACUGAUGGCUCGUACGAAUGCAGAGGUUGUGAUCAGGCGUGUGUAGGAUGCAUGGGCAGUGGUCCUGCUCGCUGUAAGAAAUGCUCUCGAGGUUACAGACUCACUGGAGCUAAGUGUCUCGAUGUGAAUGAGUGUAAGGAGAAAGCAAUAGCGUGUCCUGGACUGAACGAAGCAUGUAUUAAUGAGGAGGGUUCAUUCCGCUGUGAGUGCGCAGAGGGCUUUAUACGCAGAGACAGCAUCUGCGUGGAGAACCUGCCACCCUCCGAUCCAGAUAAAGGCUUAUUUGACGACAUGACUGAUGACGAGGUGCUCGUCCUUCAGCAGAUGUUUUUCGGCGUGGUGAUCUGCGCGCUAGCCACACUAGCUGCUAAAGGAGACAUGGUCUUCACUGCCAUCUUUAUUGGGGGCGUGGCUGCCAUGGCUGGCUACUGGCUCUCGGAGAAAGGCGACCGCAUGCUGGACGGCAUCCUCAAAGGACGUUAACCAAUCAGAAUCUCAGGAACUAGAAAGCGAGGAUGGAUCGGUGAAUGGUACACAAGCCUAUUAGGCGACCUAAACUUGAAGACGUGGGAGGGGCUGGGAGGUUGAACGGUAACGAGUCAGGGGAGAGGAGGAUGUUGCUGCGUCAAGAGCUGGGAAACUUAGCGUUCAGACUAUGCUAUGAUUUUGUACUACGCUCUUUUAUAUGCACAGUACAAUUUCUCUGCUGCUCUACUAUAAGAGACUUUACAUAGACAGGUUUUUACUACACGUGAUACAGAAAGGGACCGCACUACUAAAGCUUGGCACGUAAUAGAAUAUAUUCACUGUAUGUGUGUCUCAGAAGAAAGGACAGCCGUAUAACAUAAAGCUGAAUCUUUCUCCUGUUUUCGUUUUGGUUUUUACUCUGAUACUUUGUUUGCUCACUUUAGAUUAUGGAUUGAAUGAUAUGAAAAAGCGUGCAAAUUUUAAGCUCUGUGAUUUCAUUUAAGCAUAAUGGGCAAAACCCUGUGAAUGAUCGUUAUAAACUGUCCAUUUGUAAUUGGUAUGGCUAAAAAAACAACAAAACAAAACAUCAUCCCGCCCCUAAUUUAGACAGAGCAAAUAAUAUGGGUAGAAAUGUUCUUUUGAAGAAGAUAAGACAGAAUGUAUGUAUGUACGUAUGUUUGAAGUUUAUUUUUUUCCCCCACUCCAUCUUACACACAUUUUAUAAAAUGCAUGAACACUUGACCUAGGAAGAAUAUUUAUACUGUAUGCUUUGAAACGUCUUUAACUUAUGUGAUAUAAUUUUUCGUUCAAUAAUUUCACUUGUUUUUUAUUUUAUUGAGCAGCAAGGGUAAGGACGAUAAAUGUUAUUUAUUUAUUUAUUUAUUUAUUACAAUUCCUUAAAGGUGUCAUUUUUCCUGAUAGAACAGUUAUGUAUUUUUACAAAAGGUUAUUAGAUUGUCUUCAUUUGCUUUUGUGUCUGAAUUUAUUUAAAUGUCUUUAUUUGAAUUUGUAAGUAGACCACCAUUUUAUGAUGUGCGUUAUGCUUCAAGUUGAUUGAUUGAUUGAUUGAUUGAUUUAUUGGUAUAAUUUCCGGGGAUUUUGAAUUCAAAAUCCAGCGAGCCUUGCUUAAAUAUUAGACCUACACCUCUGUGAAUUCGGCACAUGAAUAGCACUUCAAGGUAAUCCAUUAGUGUUGCCUUUUUU